AAACGUUUGGAAACUGAAACUGUCGAAGGCUGUGGCGACUCCAGCGGGAUGGCCUGAAACAGCAGGCGACGGUCACGUUUAGAGAGUAACCUAGAGCAGGAGAAGACAUGGCCUGUGCUCGAGUGCCCCUGGAUGAGCAGCAGGUGACGGAGCCUGGUCCGCUGGGGAAGGAGCGAACACUGCCUGCACUGCACCCAGAGAGGGCGGAGGAUCGAUGUUUUGUGCCUUAUAAACCCCCUCCAGAAGAGGGCUCUCCUGCUGAGGUGGAGCAGUUUUUAGAACGUGCCAAAUUCAUCACAGAGGACCUGGAGUGGCUGCUCGCACUGCCUCACGACAAGUUCUGGUGUCAGGUGGUGUUUGAUGAGUCGCUGCAGAGAUGCCUGGAUUCGUACCUUCAUCACGCCCCUCGAGGCCUCGACCUCGCUGCCCUGCCGUCCUCGCCGGCGGUGGCCGACACGCAGCGCUCCAUCCACAGGGUGGUUUUCUUGACCUUUCUCCGGAUGGCGACGCAUAAAGAAUCCAAGGAGAACUUCAUCACCCCGACCGUGUUUGGAGAAAUUAUCUACGAGAACUUCCUCUUUGACAUUCCCAAAAUUUUGGAUCUGUGUGUGCUGUUUGGAAAAGGCAACAGCCAGCUGCUGCAUAAGAUGAUCGAGAACAUCUUCACCCAGCAGCCGUCCUACUACAGCGACCUGGAUGAGACGGUGCCCACCGUGUUACAGGUGUUUGACACAAUCCUGGAGAAGUGUGGUCUGCAUUGUGAAGGAGCUACUGCCAUGGAGCCAAUGAAGCUGAACGCACACAAACAACCCACUGCCAUGACCAUGAGCCAGCAGGAACUGACAGAUAUUGUUUCGUACCUGUGCGACUCGACCACCACCAUCCAUGCCUUCUUGGACAUCUUCCCUGCCGCCUGCUCCAGCUUCUACUCCCACGGCUUCAUCAGCAGACUGACCUCGUUUUACGAGACCGCUGUGCCUGACUUGGAGAAGGCGGUUAGGAAGAGAAACUUUGACGAUAAAGGUCUUCAGGAGGACUUGUGGAAGAGGUUGUCUCACUCCUCCCGUAAGAUGGUGGAGACGACUCACCUGCUGCUGCAUCACACCUGCCUGCAGCCGAUACUGGAGGGGAGAGAAAACAUGCAAACAUUUGCAGAGGAACUCCUACAACAUUUCACUUCGUUUUUACCUGAGAAAAGGUUCUUGUCAGACUACGACGAGCAGUUUCCCAUCUCAGACGACGUCAGCCUCCUGCAGCAGGCUGUUCCUGUCAUCGAUGAGACCAGGACGUCCUACUUGCUGCAGGGCGUGGAGAGCGCCUGGGACAGCGUCGGCCGACGGAAACCACAGAUCCACAGGAAAACCUCGUCGGCCAAUCAGGGCGCGGUGGGCGGGGCUUCUGCUGCUGCUGCUUCAGGUGGAUUUAAAGCUGAGGAGGUCAGAGAGCCAGAAGGAGCAGAGGCCAUGCUGGACGUUCCAAGAAAAGGAAACAACGGUGCGGUGUGUUCGGUCAGCGGGGCCGAGCUGGAGUCUCUCCUGUCGUGCAUCAGGGAUCUCCUUCCGGAUCUGGGCGAAGGCUUCCUGCUCGCCUGUCUGCAGCAGUACGACUACAACUCGGAGCUGGUCAUCAACAACAUCCUGGAGGACCGCUUGACCCCGAACCUGGACAAGCUGGACCGAGCCAUGCCGAGGCCGGUGAAGGAGGAGCUUCCAGACGUGAUGAACAACAGAUCCAACGUGUUCGAUGACGACGAGUUUGACGUCUUCCGCAGAGACCAGGUGGACAUGUCCCGCAUCUGGAAGGGCAGGAGGAAAGGUGAAAGUGCUCGAGAGCUGCUGAACGACAAGCAGCACAUCGAGGAGCAGAGAGCUCGAUAUCUGGCCUACGAGACGGUGGUGGACGAGGUGGUCGUCGAACCCGGAGAGUCGGCCGCCGCCUACGACCUGGACGACUACGACGACGAGUACGACGACACGUACGACAUGAACCAAGUGGGAGCCAACGACCUGGACGGAGACAGUUUGCUGAACAGAAGACCGUUCACCGUCCCGCAGGUACUGAGGAAAGGAAACAAGGCAGAGGAAGAGGAGGAGGGUGACGAGGAGGACGAGGAAGACACUCUACAGAACAACACAAACAGGGACCAGUUCGUGCAGGAUCCGGCUCUGCUGAGGGAGCGAGCUGAAGCCAGGAGAGCCGCCAUGCAGCAGAGGAAAGGCGUCCGGCCGGAGCGGGCCGGUAACGUCGUGGGUCGGCCCAAAGGCCAAGGACAAACCACGGAGACAUUCCUGGACCGACGCAAGAAGGAAGCCAACAAGAGCCGCGUGUCCAACCACAACCGGCGCACGAUGGCCGACCGCAAGAGGAACAAAGGCAUGAUCCCGUCCUGACCGACGGAGACGAGGUGGGACUGAAGGAAGAAGAGCCUGCCGACGCUCUGGUUUCAUGGUUCACGCUCCAGAAGCCGCCGCAGGUUCUCAGCUGGUGUUGAAAGGGUUGCAUUAGUUUACAGACCGCGGGCUACAUUUUGGCUUUUUAAAGCAGCUUGUCGAAAUGUUUGAGACUGAACUUUUAGAGUUUGAGACGGACACAUGGUCAGCUCAUUGAAAACCAAAGUUGCGAGUGUGAGCCAGAGACUGACGACAAAGAAUCACACCUUUAUUUUUGCCAAGUAACAAAUCAGUUUAUUAAGAUCCAGAGUGGUAGAGUGAAGCUUCUUUGACAUCAUAAUCAACCGAUAGACGACAUAGGAGUAGGAUGCAGAGACGUUGGGGGUUCUGGAGAGACUGCGGUUCCCUCUGUAGCUCAAAGAACAAUAACUGACCCGGUGACGGAGGCAGCGACUGACCGUGUUGUCAGCGCUGUCGUCCAGCCUUCACAAAACAAAUCUACUCUGUGACUAUCUUAUUAGCACAGAGAUCACGGCAAGGAGUUUUUCAGAACUAAAUUUGUGUUGCUGCUUUCAUUCCCUCUGGUCCGUGAGAACAGUCGGUCUGUUAGAACGCUGCCGAGGCUCAUUGUUCAUCUUAAAAAGCUGAUCAGUGACAGCAUCCAGCUGCUGGUUGUGAUGAUGAAUUUGUGGCUGAUGUUUGGUUGUGUACACUUCGGCUGCUGCUGCGGUUCAGUCCAGCUGUUCCUGACAGAUGUGUUUGUUUGACAGGACUUCAUGAAUACAGCUGCUUCAAUUAUGGCUGAAUUAAAAUUGCAAAAACAAUGCAGUUUAGGAUAUAAACAACUGGCUUUUUAAAUGAGGAGACUGAUGCUGUAUUUCAGUUAUACUUAGUUUAAAUAGAUUUUAAAGUAGAGCUGUAAUGUUUAACUGAUUAGAAGUCAGCUAUUAAAUUAAUCUGCUAUUUUGGAAAUCAAUUAUUUGGUUUGAGUUAAAAAAAAAACAAAAAAAAACUUCCUAAUGUGAAUAUUUUCUGUCUGCUUCACUCUUCUAUGACGGUAAACUUUAAUGUCUUCAGGUUGUUGGACAAAAAACAUUCAAGGACGUCAUUUUGGGCUUUGACAAACACAUUUUUCACCAUUUUCUGACAUUUUAUCGACCAGAAACUAAUUGAAUAGUCAAGAAAGUAAUCAGUAGAUCAAUGAUCAUUAGUUGCAGCUCUAAAUAUGAUGAAUUGUCCUGAAGCCCUGAGCUGUGACUGUCAGGCACAAGUCUGCAUUAGGACAGAACACUAGAGAAGCAGCAGCUUUCUUACUGAUUCAGUCAUUGCAGCUUUACGAUAUCAGCUGUGACAUAUUAGUUUUUAACUGGUGAAACAGACUAAGUGUUGUGUUGAAGCUGCUGUACUUCUAAACACACACACAUCUGUCACAGAAGCAGCAAAGGUUCAAACAGUAACAGUAGCAGCCGAACAACAACUGAGCUUCAUCGUUCCAGCAGCUGUAUGAUGUCGCAGAUCGGCUUUUUGAAAUGAAUAAAUGCAUCAUUUCCCCUCGUUGUAGCAUCUUACAGCGCGUUAGACCAACGCACCGACUGUUCAUGUGGAUCAGAGGAAACAAAAAGCAGAUUUGGAGGAAAUGCAAAUCCCAAACUGCUCCCCGUGACCCUGCAGGGCUCCGUACGUUACCGUGCUGCUGUGUUUGGAAGCACUCGCUGUUUGUCUCCGAGCUGUGGGGAACCUCCUACACGUGGCCAUGCACAGACUAUUUUCUAUGAAGAGAACAGAUCUAUCAGAGCAUUUUGUAACAAAGGAAAGCACAUGUAAUUGCUUUUUGGAGUUGACAUUGCAAAAAAAACAACAACAUAAAUACAAUAAUUUUUUGA